CUACGGUCUAUCGCCCGAUGCUGGGGAUAAAGCGAUAAACUUUGGAGCUCGGGGACGAAGCCGCCAUGGCAGCAGUUGCUUCCUGCGUCGAUCUUCCUUGCAACCCAAAGCGCUUCGCUCUUCGCGCCCACUCCACCGGAGCCAGCAAUGGCCUCCCCUUCCGCUCCCUGGCCGUCAAAUCUCUUUCCUUCGCUUCGAAUCUCUCCCUCGUCGCAUUCCCCAGAGGGGCGAAUACCUUGACGGCGGUGGAGAGACCCAGGUCUUCGCGGAGGUCCAUCGUGUGCGAGGCGGCUCCCAAGAAGAAGGCUGAUUCGGCUGCCAAGAGGGCUCGCCAGGCCGAGAAACGUAGGAUUUACAAUAAAGCUCGCAAGUCCGAAAUCAAGACCCGGAUGAAGAAGGUCUUCGAAGCUCUAGAUGUGCUGAAAAAGAAAACUGAUGCCCAGGCUGAAGAAAUUCUUCCAACUGAGAAACUAAUUGCAGAGGCAUUUUCAAUAAUUGACAAGGCAGUGAAGGUUGGCACGCUACACAGGAACACUGGGGCUCGUAGGAAGUCCAGGCUUGCUAGGAGGAAGAAAGCUGUGGAGAUCCAUCAUGGCUGGUACACACCUGGGGCAGCUGCAUAAUAUUAGCCUUGUUCAUUUAGUGGGUCAAGAUCAGUUUUUCUGCUCGAAAAAAAAGGAAGUUACUUUGGGACUGGAUUCAUCAUAGCAGAGGGCAACACCGAUAUAUUAUAAUCCACGAACCUGCUUUUAAAUGCUUAUUGCACUGAUAUUAUCAAUGAUGUGAAGUGCUGAGCACAUUGCAGAUCAAAUUCAUAUGA